CCCCCCUCGCUCCUCAUUCUCUGUAGUGUAAGUUCUGGUCGCUGGCUGCUGCGUGAAGUGCCUCUUUUAAGUCUUUAGCCGUGAUUUUAGCCACAGCUUUCAUUUUACUGGACAAUGCUGCGGUUCAGCAUCCACUUGCAUUUUAUUUAUGUUUUCUGGUGUCUGCAUUGUUGUGCCGCUGAAGAAGCUGUACCGGCGCCGCAAGGCGCAGCCCGAUUCAAAUACGGCGAAACCUACUACGAGCACGCGCCCGCGAAACUGAGCUGGGCGGCCGCGCGCGUCGCGUGCCGCCGCAGGUCUGGGGCUCUGGCCUCUGUGCCGCACGAGCUGGGGCUUCACGAGCUGCCCGCCUUUUUGCUGUCGUUAAAUAUAACGGAACCGCUGUGGAUAGAAAACGCGGGCAUUUCAGACAUAAAAGAUGGCUUUGACACAUUGAUUGUGGAGUUCCCGGACCAAAGUGACUCGGAUCGCAUCCGUGUCCUGUGGAAGUUCCCCAGCUUGAGCGCUGUGACCGUUUGCACUCAAAUUCAGCUUGACCCAACCUUCCAUGGUUUUUCCACCAUCUUCUCUUAUUCUACACAGUCCUUUCUAAAGGAGUUCCAACUUCAAGCUAAUGUAACUCAUGGAGAAGCGGUUAAGCUGUCCCUCCUGGUGCAUGGGGAAGACGGGCCUUAUGUAGAAGCCUUUGACAAUGAUGGGUCCUGGCACCUGGUUUGCGUCAGCUGGACCGGGGUUGGAGGCAAAUGGUACAUUAGUGCAGAUGGUAGAUUGAGAGACCAGGGUGAGGGGCUCUAUCUUUCAGGGGACAUAGGCUCAGAUGGAGUCCUAGUUAUUGGCCAGAAGCAAGACGUGUCCUCCAGGGGCAUGUCCUUCACGGGGAACAUUACACAACUGAAUGUUUGGGACAGGGUGUUGAGCCCUAAUGAAAUACACACCAUGGAAAAACAGUGCUCACUGAUUUUCUCUGGGCUGUUCUUCAAGUGGAACUUCUCCGCCCUUGCGAUCGAUCCUUCCUUGAAAAGUCACUGGGGAGACAUUCUAUGUAAAGGUAAAAGAAGUUCACUGGACAGCCAGACGCUCCAUAUUUGGGUGUAUACAGGUGACUCAAUCUCCAGUCUGACUUAUGAGUCAAACCAUGGAUGCAUGACCUUCAGCCCUUUGAGUCAAAGUUGGAACCUGGAUUUUUGCAAAAUACGAAAAGGGGCAAUCUGCCAGUUUCACAAAGAUGUAAUUGAGAAUCUAUGGCUUUUAUCUGACUUUCCAAAGACAUCAUUCUUUACAAAAGUGAGGAAGGAAGAAUACAAAUGUGUAGAGCUGCAUCAGUUAGAAAGGAUGGUGGAAGAGACCAUUCCAAGGCUGGUGGCCUGCACAGAGGUGCUACUGAAGGUUUUGCAAUUAAAUCCAAACAUCCUCAUACCUAUUGACAUGCUCCACCUGACACAGAUCUUGGAGCUAGUGUCUAUGCAUGUCUCAGAGAAGUCUGCUUCUUCUGAAGUCAUUAGCUCUUUGGCUACCAACCUUGUGAAACUUUCCAGUGAGAUCAUUGACCCUGAACUUGCUGCCCAGUGGUUGGGCCUGAGUAAAGAUGGGGUGUCUGUUGGGCCAUUCAAUGUAAUAGAAAGCAUUGACAAGGUGACUGAAACCUUGGCAGAUGUUUUAGCAACUGAAGGAAAAAGCUUCAAGCUCUCAACAAAAAAUAUAGAUGUGCACCUGGAGCCCCGGAAGCUAGGCCAGCUGGGUUACAGCUCUGUGUUCAAGCCAUCCACUUUGAUCAGCCAUGUUAGCCAGCAGGAUGAGAUACUCAUCCCUGACACAGAGGUGCUUCGACUGCAUUCACUUGGUUAUGAAGAAGUAAUUUUCAUCCAUGUUUACUACAGUCACCUUAUGGAAUUCCAAUCAAAAAUCAGUAAUUCAGCAGAUCAAAAAGAAAUCAGUAGACUUGCUACUGCAGUUAUAUCAGCUACAGUUAGAGACUCCUUCAAAGGUCAGAAUAUUCCAGUUGCUGUCAAUUACACCUUAACCUCUAUCGAACUGGUGGAGCACCCACUGCUUGUUGCGCCUGUUUGUGUAUUUUGGAAUUUCAGCCUGAUGAGCGGCGUUCUGGAUGGGUGGUCAAGCAAAGGCUGCUGGGUUACAUACACAGGGUCAUCGGUCACCUCCUGUUUCUGCAACCAUACAACCAACUUUGCAGUGCUUAUGAGUUACAUGGAAACUAAGUGGACACCCUUGCAGAGGAGUGUUCUGACCAAGCUGACUUUCGUUGGAGCUGGAGCCUCGCUCUGCGCGCUGUUGGUCACCCUGAUGCUCUUUACCAUGCUUGAUAUUCCCAAAUCUGACCGGACAUCUAUUCAUAAGAAUUUAUUCAUCGCGCUGACAGCUGCACAAGUAGUGCUUCUUUGUAGUGGAUCAGCUACCUCUAAUAAGGUGGUAUGUACAGUCGUGGCAGCACUGCUACACCUCUUCUUCAUGGCAGCAUUCAGCUGGAUGCUCGUGGAGGGCCUGCUGCUGUGGAGCAAAGUGGUGAUUGUCAACCUGAGUGAAGAGAGGCAUAUGAAGUACUACUAUCUUAUUGGCUGGGGUCUCCCAGUUCUGGUCGUUGCAAUCACUUUAGUUUCCGCUUCUCGAAACUACACAGCCGACGAUCACUGCUGGCUGAGCGUGCAAAAUGGAGUCAUAUGGGGGUUUGCUGGCCCUGUCAUCUUCAUCGUCAUGGUGAAUGUCAUGAUCCUUGCGCGAGUCGUGGCCAUUACCAUCUCCACUGCCAAAAGAAGAUCUGUCUUGUUGGCGUUAGGCAGCAGCCCCUCGGAACAGGCCCUCGAGCAAAUACGGGCUGCAGUGAAGGCAGUGUUGGUGCUGCUGCCUAUUCUGGGGCUCACUUGGCUUUUUGGAGUGCUGGUGCCAUUCUCUGUUGUGAUGGCAUAUAUUUUUGUGCUCCUCAACUCACUGCAGGGUCUCUUCAUCUUCCUCAUUUAUGGAGUGUACAAUACAGAGGUGCGGAGUGCCAUCAACAGAAUUAAGGAAAGGAGAAAGGCACUGAACUUUUCUAACUGUGCCAGCUACAGGCCUAGCAGCUUAGCCAACAGCUCCCAGCUGGCCAGCUGUCCGACGCCAGUGCUCACGGGCCACAGCUUAGACGAGGAGGGUGUGGACGAGACAAGUGGGAGCCCCCCAGACACAGCCAGUGCCAACCCAGGAAACAACGCACAGCAGUGUGCCCUUGGUGUUCAUGGAGGAGAGCAGGAGGAUUGCACUUGUGAAUGACGUUGUCGUACCAUUGCAGGACUCCAGUUCAAGAACUACAGUAAAUGCUGAUGGCAUAUUCCAUCUUCAGGUACCCAUGGACGUCGAACUGAAAUCUUGCUUACAGCUGAUUGCUUCAGUGCAACACAAAAAUAUCUAAACUUCAUAUUCACUCUUGAUUUGUUUGCGUUUCAUUGUAACUGUACAGUAAUUUCAGUGUUAAAAAAUUGAUUCUCAAUUUAUGUUAAUAUACAUGUGUUUAGAGUAAAAUGUGAAUCA